AUCGCAGUGAGAACGCACCAAGAUUUCUCUCUCUCCUCGUCCUGCCUGUGCAGGUUUUCUGCCUCAUCCUAUUCUAUCCUAGGUCCAGUCUGACGGCGAGCGAACAGAUCUCUCUUGACUUGGUGUGACAGAAGUAAAUUUGCCAUUGUUCCCCUUUGGAUUGGCCUGUUGAGCGUAGAUUUUAGCUUUGAACUACAUCUGCAUCAGCAACAAAAAUUGGCUUUCUUUCCCAGGGCGCUUUUAUUCUUUCUGGCAACACAGGCCAGUAGAAUGGCUGCUCAACUACCAGGAACUAGUCCCACCACCUCGCCAGCCACCAUAUCCGUAGCUGUGCCCAAGAACUUGCCGGUGAUUGUACCGUCAUCGCGUUUGCAGCAGGCUCGCCGCCAGAUCAUGUCUGGUGGUGCUGCUGGGUUCGUCGAGGUGUGCUGCAUGCACCCGCUGGACGUGGUCAAAACGAGACUGCAAAUUCAGAGCAGGACGUCGGCGGACCGCUACAGGUCAGUCGGGGACUGCUUUCGACGCAUGUACACCAGCGAGGGCUCGCUCUCCUUCUACAAAGGCAUCUUGCCACCAAUCCUGGCCGAAACACCCAAGCGAGCUGUGAAGUUCGUCUGCUUUGAGCAGUACAAGAAUUUACUGACGGGCAACGGGCAGACAGCGGCCACGCCACUCGUCUACAGCGCAGCUGGUUUCGGCUGUGGUCUGACCGAGGCGCUGGUCAUCAACCCGUUCGAGGUGGUCAAGGUGUCGCUGCAGGCGCAGAAGGGCUCGCACAGCGUACGCACCACCACGAUGGAGAUGGCGCGGGACGUGUACCGCGCUGGCGGCCUGGGCCGGCAGGGCUUGGGCCGCGGCAUCACGGCAACGCUGGGCCGCCACGGCGUGUGGAACGGCGUCUACUUUGGCCUGUACCACUCUGCCAAGCCGUCGCUGCCGCCAGCCGCCGACGGUCGGACGCAGAACAUUCUCGGACGGCUGGCGCUGGGCCUGGCCGCCGGCACUCUGGCCAGCACCGCCAACAUCCCGUUCGACGUGGCCAAGAGCCGCAUCCAGGGGCCGCAGCCGGACGGCGUUCGCCGCUACCACAGCACGGUUCAGACGAUGGCGCUCAUCUACCGCGAGGAGGGCGUGCGGGCGUUGUACACCGGCCUGGUGCCGAAGGUGAUGCGACUCGGGCCCGGCGGUGCUAUCAUGCUGGUCAUCUAUGAAAGCGUAUCCGACUGGCUAUUACGACACGGCAUUUAGAAGGUAUUUGAGUAGCAUAGAAUAUUUAUUUACACUCUUGUCGCCGGGGUUUUCAACCUUCUUUUUUUUUUAAUAGCAGGGAUAUUUAUGUUUUAGGCGAGUUUUUAACCUUGGUUCCCCCCGGAAGACAAUCUGUUUGAGAUAUAGUUAUUCAGAGCGUCCGUUCGGGCGUACCCGUGGAGCCCCUGGUGGGUUCUGCGGUUGACAUCCGUGCCCCAGGACAUUCCCGAGUGACGCGCACGUCCUUGAGACACACACAAACACACACGACGACAAUUUAUUUAGUGGCAGUGAAUGGGACUACGGCGACGAGUGCACGCAGUUUCUCAUCUUACUCCGUCUCCUGUCGGACCAGGCAUGCUAACUUUCUUGCUCAUGAAAUAUUCCACACGCGUCUGUCUAAAUAAAAAGGCAAAAGUAGUCUGUACUACAACACAGGCACACACACACACGUACACACACACACACACACACACACACACACGUACACACACACACACACACACACACACACACACACACACACACACACACACACAGCUUCUAUCUAUUUGAGCUCGCCUGCACCCCGUACCCGUGGUUUGGCUGCAUGGCUUUCUGUCCUGGCGUACUUGCGUCACGCGCAGUCCAGCCGCCGCUGUGAGCAGGUGGCUUCCUUUACACGGCCGUGUGUGUGUAUCCCGCAUUGCUAUUUCUCGCUUUCUUACUGUUUUUCCGGUUUUGUUUUCUCUGCUCUUCUUUACCUGUGUAUCAUGGGUCACCCGCCGCUUGUACAUGAUAGUCUUGUUCUUCUCCUACAGUGCUAGCGUGUGGUACCUAGGCUUUUUAGUUGCUCUUCCGAAUUGAAAAACACUUGAAUACUGAGUCAAUGAAUCAAACAGC